AUUCAAUAAGCGCUCUGUAAAUAAAUACCUUGGCUCAACAGUCAACAAUUACUUCUUUCUGUAAUGAAAAGCUGAAAAAUGAGCGAUAUUAAUCCAUUAGUAUUUCGUAAAAUCCAAGCGGUUGAAGUCGGCAAUGACUUUCGCAAAGUAACAAAAGUUGUAACUGUCCACUACCAAGACUUCUUGGCCCAUUUAAAGUCAAACAAUAUAAUCGUCAAAAACUACUACGUGGGUAUCAAUGCAUCCGAUGUCAACUUUACUAACGCUAAAUAUAUUCGCGACAUAAAACCACCUUUCGAUGUCGGGUUCGAAGCACUUGGAGAAAUUGUAGCCGUUGGUUCAAAUGUUCCUUCCGAAAAAAUUGGUACCUUCGUCGUGUAUAGUCAAUAUGGCGCUUUUGCCGAGUAUUUUGAAAUUCCUCAUCACGCAGUUAUUCCUGUUCCUAAUGCAAGGCCCGAACUGCUCGGUCUAUUGACCUCAGGCUUGACAGCUUCGAUCGCUUUAACGGAAACUGGACGUAUGAGCAAGAAAGAAACUGUGCUUGUUACAGCUGCUGCAGGUGGUGCUGGUCAGAUCGCAGUUCAAUUAGCAAAGUUGUCGGGUAAUCAUGUUAUUGGAACCUGCUCUAGUGACGAUAAAGUUGCUAUGCUCAAGCAACUUGGCUGUGACAGGGUUAUCAAUUAUAAGAAAGAAGACUUUAAAGCAGUUAUGAAGAAGGAAUAUCCUCAUGGUAUUGAUAUUAGUCUUGCUGUUCGUGGUCGACUAAUUGUCAUUGGUACUGUUUCCACGUAUACUGAUGCUGAGGGUAUGACCGGUAACGAUGUAAACACCUUAAAACUUCUUGGUACAUCUCGUACAGUUGCCGGCUUUUUCUUACCCAAUUAUAAAGAACAUUUUGCCUCUCACAUGGCUGCUAUGACACGGAUGUUGAAGGAAAACAAACUUAAAGUAUUUAUUGAUAGCGGUGAUACACAUUAUCGCUUUAUGAAAGCCUAUCAACGUGAAUUUAUAGAGUUCGCCUUAAAGAACGAAGUAUUGAAGUUUGGAUCUUUCCAGCUAAAAUCUGGUCGUAUAUCGCCUUAUUUCUUCAACGCUGGCUUGUUCAACAGUGGCAAGUCUUUAGGCGCCAUUGGUUCCUUCUAUGCUGCUGCCCUUGAAGAUGCUGGUUUUGAGUAUGAUGUUCUUUUUGGCCCCGCUUAUAAGGGUAUCCCACUUGUUUGCGCCACGGCCCUUUCUCUUUCCAGCAAUUUCAAUAAAGAGGCUCCUUUUGCUUUCAACCGUAAAGAAAAGAAGGAUCACGGUGAAGGUGGUGACAUCGUAGGCACUCCUUUAAAAGGAAAAAUCGUUGUGGUUGACGAUGUAAUUACCGCUGGUACCGCUAUAAAUGAAUCUAUUGAGAUUAUCAGACGAAACAACGCCGAAUUGAAAGGUGUUUUGGUAGCCGUGGAUCGUGCCGAAGUUGCUCCCGAUGGUAGCGGUAAGAGCGCUAUUCAAGCUGUCGAAGCAAAAAAUAAUGUUCAGGUUCGUGCCAUCAUCUCCAUGGAUCAUAUUAUGGAAUACAUGGAAGAAAAGGGAACCUAUGAGAAUGAACUGAAGCUUAUGAAGGAAUACAAGAAACAAUAUGGCAUUAAAAAGGACUAA